AUGAAAAGUACUGGUAACACAAAAACCAGUUCAAGAAAACAAAGGAAGCCAACGAAAGCUGUCAACAACAACAUAGAUGAUGUUGCGGAUUCCAGUGAUGCAGACAAAGCUAAUGGACGAGUCAGUUGGACAGUAGCACUCCAGGAAACACUACUGAAGGAAAUUAGUGACAACCCCGAGAUAAAACAAGGACUCUUUCCCGGUCCUGGGACUAUAGGACGAGAUGAAGACGGAAACCGUAUCACAAGGUCAAACAACCUCCUGAAAUCUGAAUACUACUUCAUGCUUGCCACUGCUGUAUUUGGCAAUGAAACCUCAAAAUACUAUGCCACUUUUGACCUCAAGAGUAAGGAGGCUGCUGGUAGAGAUCUCUGGACAAAACGAGUGAAGAACAAUAUUGAGGGAUAUAUUUGGCUCACUCUAGGUGGACCAGGUAAAGUCAAGAAAAACUUUCCGUACUAUUUCAUUGUACGUGAAAUUGUAGGUGAACGUCCCAACAUCACCCCAGUCGGGCUUAGGAGGGCCAAAACUCCCAUCGACACAUCAUUCCUUCAUGAAAACACGAUCUCUUCUCCAGAAUGCUAUGGCUCCCCUGUAUGGUCUGAUGGAGAGGGGAACGAUGAGGAUGAAGAUAAAGAAGAGGAUAAGUCCAACAAUUCUGAUGAAGAGACUCCUGGGAAAUCAGAAUCUGUUAUAGAUCUCUGCAAACAUGGACCAAACAAUAUCAGGCGAGGUCCUAAGCAGGCAACAUCGGAGAAGGCUGUAAAGCCUAUGCAGAAAUCAACUAAUCCUCUUGACCGCUUUGCUGACAUCUCGAAGGCUGAAGAAGCUACUUUGCAGAAGAAGAUCGAUCUGCAUCGCAAGAGGAAUAAGACAGAGAGGGCACUGGCAUUAGAGAAGAUACAAGUUUCGGGCCAGACAAAGGUGUCAAAGGUGAAGAUAAAGGUUGAUUUCGAGCUGGCAAAGCUCCGUAUGCAGCAGGAGCAUGAGUUUCGAAUGAAGUAUGGUUAUGGAAACCUAUCUGAGCCAUCAACAUUGUCGGCAUCGAUGUCAAAUUAUGGUCCUCCUUUGGAACCCUCCACUAGUUUGUACCCCAAUACCCCGACUGCUCAUGUUGGCCUUGAGCUAAAUGGUCUUGAUGAAUACCAUGGCUCGGGUGAAUUCAAUGAUGCCUUUCUAAAUAAUACUGGUUUUGAAACAAACGAUUUCAUUUUGUAG